AUGGCUACCAGCAGGACGACCAGUCAGCAAAUCUCCUCGCCGUACUACGAUCCAACGCGAGCCGACUCCUCAUCAGUGGAUCCGCGAUAUGUGAUGAAGGGGAUCGACUUCUCUCUCCCACUUAAAGAACGGGUGAUCGAGUACCAGAAGAACUUCCUCGAAGACCCCAACUUCGACGGCUUCGAUGCGUACGCCCUCAGAAACAACGUGCGGUGCAUCUCGGUGACGCCGACCCGGACGGAGUGGGAGCUCGAUAUCCUGCCGCAUCUGUGCAACAAGGGCGGCAAACUCCACGGCGGCGCUGCCGCGACCAUCAUGGACAACUUGACGACCACGGCACUGGUGGCGGGUGCUAGGCCGGGGUUUAUGGACGUCGGACAUGUGAGCCGCAAUAUCAACAUGACCUAUCUCCGGCCGGUCUUGGAGGGUGCGACCGUGAGGGUCGUCUGCGAGCUGGUGUCGGGAGGGAGGACGCUCGUCAACAUGAGAGGGGAGAUUAUCAUGGACGGCAAGGUCUGUGUGACGUGUCUCCAUGACAAGGUCUUCUUGCGUCCGCCGCCGGAAUCCUCCAAGCUGUGA